CUACCUACACAGGAGAAAAUGUCUGGCACCAAGCAGUUGUUUGAAUCUGACGAUGACGCGUACGACGAGUUUGAUUGUGAAAAUAAUGAUGAAGAAGAGAAUGAGGGAAUAGUGGUGAAGGAAGAAGAAGAUUCGGAAACGUAUUACGAUGUUUUAGAAAAUGGCCAUCAAUCAGCAGGCAAUGAAUCGGAAAUCAAAACUGAAGAACUGGAUGAAACGUCAAUUGAUAUGUACGACGAUGAGUUUCACUUUAUUAUGGAAAAAGAUUUUGCUGCUGCUGAAAAUGUCAAUGAAGUGAGUGGGAAUGAAGAAUCGGAGAAUGACUCUGAUGCCACUGAAAUUGAUGAUGAGGAUUAUGAAGCAGUCAGUUGUGAGUGGGCAGGGGAGUCUCGGCAUACUGAAGCAGCGGUCAAUGGAAGCUCAAGCAAUGUCUCCGUAGAGCGGCAGCCAAAUCGCCUUCAAAGAAAAACUAAAAAGCACAAGUGUCAACAGUGCGACAAAAGCUUUGAUCGUCUAUCUCAUCUCAAACUUCACCAAAGAGUGCACACUGGCGUUCGACCUUACAAGUGCACAGUGUGCUCUAAAUCAUUCGCACUGAUUGGUAAUCUCAAGACACACCAACGGGUGCACACUAACCUUCGACCGUACAAAUGCCCAACAUGCUCCAAAUCAUUCACCCAACUUGGGAAUCUAAAAACACAGCAAGUAGUGCACACUGACCUCCGACUGUACAAAUGCACAACAUGCUCCAAAGCAUUCACACAACUUGGUAAUCUCAAAACACAUCAAAGGGUGCACACUGACCUCCGACCGUACAAAUGUACAAUAUGCUCCAAAGCAUUUAAAAGUAAAAACGAACUCAAAAUACAUCAACGGGUGCACACUGGUGUCCGACCGUACAAAUGCACAACAUGUUCCAAAUCAUUCACAACAUUUAGUAAUCUCCAAGCACACCAAAAAGUUCACAGUGACUCUAGACCAUUUCUAUGCACUAUUUGUCAGCAAACGUUCAAACGGAAACAAGAUCUCCAAAAACAUCUUCAAGCCAAGCAUUCACAGUAA